UCAAUCGACGCAGCUUCUGCUCCAAAGUGCACAUGUUAGUAAAUUAUCCAUCUAUUCAAUAUUUUGUUAUCUUUAUUAAUAUGCAAUAUUAGACAGUUGAGUUUGAAUCCGGACGCUUGCUUUACUGGUCUUCUGAAAUCUCAUCCCAAGAAAUAAUAUCCUUUGACGUCAUGGGGGAGGUUGAGUUGUCCUGUCUCGCCUAUGUGAAGAUGUACCUGCACGCCUGUCUGUUUCCACGGUGCAGUGUCAAUGGGCUGCUGUUGUCGUCCAGCCCAGCAGGUGGCGCUGUGUGUGUGACAGACUGCGUUCCGUUGCUUCACACUCACCUACCAUUGGCUCCCAUCACCCAGCUGGCUCUCACACAGGUGGAUGUAUGGUGUGCACAGACACAGCAGAGGAUUGUAGGAUACUACCAAGCCAACGCCUGUGUGUCAGACAGCAGCCCUACGCCAUGUGCGUUGAAGAUUGCAGACAAGAUCGCCGAGCAGUGUAACAAUGCAGUUUUGUUAAUGAUUGAUGGUGGAAAGAUGUCUCCUGACUACAGGGUGCCUCCCAUCGUGAUGUAUGAACGAAAAGAUACCCGCUGGACCCUCAAAGACAAACACACGAUAAUGCUGCGGCAGUGGGAGGAGACUCGGGACAUAGCCAGUCAGCUGCUGGACUCUGGAGAUCACUCGUUAUUAGUUGAUUUUGACAGCCAUUUGGACGACAUCACUAGGGACUGGACAAAUCAGAAACUGAAUGCCAAAAUAGCCGAGCUUGCCUCACCAGCCAAUGGUAAUGUUUGAAAGAAGCUUGUAGAUAACUAACUUUUGAGUUACAUCUUUAAAAUUUAAAUAAAGUUGGAAUUAUAUACAGUAUGUCUUAAACCUGCUGAAACUACACAUAUUUAGUUAAGAAUCUUAUUUUUAUUAUUACCAUCUAACAGCCAAAUAAGCACAUCAUCCAUGAUAAUUUCAAAAUAUGAAAUACAUUUUUAAUACAGUCAGGCAGAACACUGACAUUACAAAACAUGCAUAAAUAACUGAAAUAUUGACAGAUCUGUGCAGUCUUCCACCUAACAACGUUCUCAGUCCAGAGUGUGCCUUGUGUCAAACCCAGCAGUCAUGUUGUUAACCCACUUACAACCAUUAACAAAGCCCUGCUCAUAGUUCAAUGGCUGCCAAUGGCAUCACAACAUUAUGUACAUCCUGACCCACUGCUUUCAGAGUGUGUAAGCUUAUCAACUCAUUAAACUACAUCUACAAACU